AGAAGUGUCCAAGUGUUAGACCUGUGUGCACGCUAAAUUAAUAUAAAUUUUUAUAACUUUUUAUGCAAUUAUAACGCAUCAAAAUGCCUUCAUGCGCGGUGAAGUGGUGUGGGAAACAUUCCAAGACAUCUAGUUACAAAAAAGAUGGCAUAACUUUUCAUCGAUUUCCGAAGAUUCCAGAACUAAAAGAAAAGUGGAUAGAUAAGGUUAAUAGGGAAAAUUGGUUUCCAACAAAAUACAGCGCUGUUUGUUCAAGGCACUUCACCCCCGAUUGAUUUGAAUAUUUAAAAGAACGCCGCCGUCUAUUUAGUUCAGCGAUACCAACUUUGUUUUUGCCUAUUUUGGAUUCACCAAAUAGUAUGAUUGACUCUUAUACUAAUGUACCUGGGCCUUCGCGUCACAAUAUCGCCCUCAGUUCAUUAUCAAAUAAACAAGUGCAUUCUGAAGCUCAUACAUCAACUGAAGCCCAGACUCCUUUGCAUUGUUUUCCAUUUGAUGAUAGUAACAUUUUCAGGCCUUCCCAUGAUUAUGAAAUUCCCAGUUCAACAAUAAGUAACAAAGAAAUAGUACACCCAGUAAUUGAAGACCUGACUCCACGUAAACGCAAAAUGAAACGACACAUAGACCAUCUUAUAUAUUCCCUUAGUAAAAAAAAGAAAGAGGUUAAGAGGCUUCAAGAUAAAAAUAGAUUAUUGGUUAAAAAAAAAUGCAAAUCUAAAAGAAAUUUUGAAUACUUUGACAAAAAAAUCUUAUAUCACUCAAGAAAAUCAAGACAUUUUAAGUCGCAUAGGUGUACAAAACCAAGAAAUUGUUAAACGCCAAAUAUUGAAAUCAAAAAAAGGACAUAUACCCAAAAUCAAAUACUCACCGGAGUUACGAGCAUUCUCUUUAAUAUUGCAUUUUUAUUCCCCAAAAGCGUAUAAUUUCGUUAGACAAACUUUCAGCACAUGUUUACCUGCUACAAGUACUCUGAGAAGUUGGUAUCAAUCCAUUGAUGGUAAACCAGGAUUUACAAAGGAGGCAAUAGAUACUAUCAAAAUGAAAGCCAGAGAAUCUAAGAACAAAAUUUACGCCACUAUCAUAUUCGACGAAAUGGCGAUCAAAAGCGGUGUCGAAUAUCAUCCCCAAGCCAGAAGGUACUAUGGCCACGUGAGUUUUGGCGCCAGUUUACAAACGGACUGUCAAGAUGAAGCUAAAGAAGCCCUUGUUUUCUUGCUAGUGCCAAUAAAUGCAUCCUGGAAAAUUACAAUAGGAUAUUUUUUAAUAAAUGGCAUUAAUGCAGAACAAAAAGCCGCUCUUCUAACAGAGGCGAUCCAUUUGGUAGAAGAGGCUGGUGUAAAUGUCAAAGCCAUUACGUUUGACGGCUGCCCUGCUAAUAUUACUAUGGCUAAAAAGUUAGGCUGUUCGUUUGAAGUUGAUCAAAUAAACACCACCUUUAAAAACCCCUGCAAUACUUCAAAAAUAGCGGUCUUUUUAGAUCCGGCACACAUGAUCAAGUAAGUGCGAAAUGCAUUUGAGUUUUAUAGGAAUUUGAAGGACGAACGGGGCAGUAUUAUAUCGUGGGAAUAUCUCGUUAACUUACAUAAUCUACAAACAGCGGAAAAUUUUCAUCUAGGUAAUCGACUAAGGGCUGCUCAUAUAUUUUUUAAAACGAAAAUUAUGAAAGUAAGCUUAGCAACCCAAAUUUUUAGUAAGAGUAUAUCAGAUGCACUCACAUUUUGCAAAGAAAAGCUUAAUUUACGUGAGUUUCAAGAAGUUACACCCACAACACAGUUUCUGGAUAUGAUGAAUGACCUUUUUGAUAUUCUGGACUCGCACAUCCAUGGAUAUGAUUUAAAACGAGCAGUCAAUGCAGAAAAUGCUGCGAAUGUUAUACUUAAAUUAAAGACAGCUAGAGAUGCUAUACUAAAUAUGUCCGCAGACAUAAUUGUAAGAACUGUAAAACAAGAAGUUCGACUCGUUAAGUCACCUCGAUAUACCGGAUUCAUAGGGUUUUGUGUGUGUAUAGAAAGUACCAUUGCUCUCAUUCAAGACUUGGUCCUGAACUCAGAGUGCGCCUUAAAAUAUCUUCCUCUACAUAAAAUAAGCCAGGACCAUUUGGAACACCUGUUUGGAAGUAUAAGAUGCCACGGUGGAUCAAACAACAAUCCUAGUGCUAGGGUAUUUGAAAGCAUAUACAAGAAGCUCCUGACCUAUGCGCAAAUAAAAAAUAGUGGUAGUGGCAAUUGCAGCGCUCUUGGUCAAAUUUCAAUUUUGCAAUGCACUUCUGCAAUUAACCGCAUCAAUAUUACAACAAGAUACAAAGACCAAAACAUAGAUCUUGAGACUGAGAGCUUGGAUUUUUCAGGCCUUGAAAGCCUGUUACCUAAUUCUGAAUUCGGUGAAAAAGUAGUAGAAUAUAUGGCCGGCUACAUUGUACAUGCUUUGAUAAAGCAAAUAAAAUGCCAAACUUGCAUUGGGGCGCUGAUUGGUGUACCAAAUCAAAACGCCUUACAAUUUCAAAAGGACACUAAAGACAAGUUAUUGUACGGAUCCACCACAGUAAUAGAAAUUUGUCGUCGUUGUGAAAUUUAUAUUAAGAGGGCGAUCAACGAGAGUGGUUAGAAAGUGCUGUCUUCGAAAUAUAAUACCGAUUAUUUUAUAAGAUCGGUUUUAAAAUCU